GGAGGGGUGGUGGGGGGGGGUUCAGGUGACAUGUGUGUCCGCCAGGUGCUGGGCUGCCGCCGUCGCUUGAGGUGUCUUCGCCCUUCGGUGUGGGCGGUGGCGAUCGCCGUGUGUUUGGUCUACGCGUUACUCGCAGCCCUGCGCCUCCCGGGGGGGAGAGCCGGAGCUUUCGGAGAGGACCGGGGACCCGGGAAUGCAUCCGAGCAACACCGUCCCGACGCGGCCGCACCGGUCGGCGGAUCUGCCGGAGGAGACGUCCUCGGAGAGCUCACACAGGUUGAAUCCAUACUACGCAAUGCCUUGGACAACCAUAAAAAAACUGUGGUGCUUCGAGGAUAUCAUUCCAUUAGUGAAUCUGAUCUACGGCUGUACCAGCAGAUAUUUGCACAAUAUGGUUAUGGGAUUGUACUGUCUCCAGAAUCUAAUAGAGAUUCAGGCUACAAGGAAGGAUACAAAGAUGAAGGAAUGCGUACAGCUGAAGAGUGGGAUAUGCUGAUUUGUUUCACGGCGAAGGAGGAUAAUAAUGGGUGCCUUUCAAAGGAAGGAUUUAAUCAACUGCAGCUUCAUCAGAAGGUAAAUAGAAUACCAGCGUUAGAGCAGACAUUAUGCAGCAAAAACAGAUUUUGUCACAUCAUGAAUGUUGCUCAAAGAUUACCAGUGCUUCAACCCUUGGUGAUUUCACCUUUGUGCUUGGACUAUUAUGCUGAUCUGGAGCCUGCCAACAACAGUGUCAAGGCUGGUAACACCCUGUCUCUGGAGGAAAGUGAUUUAUUUCUGAAGCUUCAAAACUGGAAUGAUGAGAGCGGAACAAAGCAGUAUGACACAUAUUCAGAAGACUCUGGGAAGCCACAGACUGUUCCAAUAGACGGCCUUUCUACAAUUGUUAAAGUAUAUGUUUUGGUGACAUCAUUAUCUCCGCUACGGGCAUUCAUCCACUCAACAGGACUCGUCCAAAGUGAACUCAAUAAGAAGUUCUUUGUUACUAAGCUUCUGGCAUAUUUUGAGAAAUACUUUGGGAUGGACGCCUCUGCACAAGCCUUUGAGAACAUGAAGGAGCUAAUUACACAACUUUUAUUAAUAACUGAAGCAAACAUUGAAUUAUCCACUACAAGCCAAGGAAUGUCACUAAGAUGUUGUUCAUGUUUUCAGCUGUUGGCCUUUGACCUUAGCUUUGGCAUGUCCAUCCAUCCUGUGGUUAUUGAGGUGCACCAGCAGCCUGUCUUUGAAGCAGAUGACAGCAUAGCUUUUGCAGAUCGCAUCACUAAGGAAUUCAUACUGGAAGAUACCUUUCAGCUACUGUUAUCUGGAACCACUGAAGUGAGUGAAGUCUAUGAAGCUUUAGAAAAUACUCAUCGACCUGUAGGAUUGAAGAUUCAUCAGUGCCUCCAGCAAUAUCUUUGUCUGACUUCAAGAGACCUUGCUCGUAUUACAUCUUUUCACAAGGAAAUCAAAAACCAAGGAAGAUUUGAACUGCUUUAUCCAUCCAGUAAUCCAGAGUACCAAAGACUGCUGCAUUUCCUUUAUCGCAGUUCUGAUCCCACAGCCAAAGCAACAUCUCUUCUGGAGAUGCACUUGCUAUUUUCAGAGCUCCACAAACAGUUCCAAGCACAGAAUUUACAGAGAGAAUUGGAUUACACUGUGUGGGAUCCUUCUUUAGUAAUUCCAGGUUCCAUUCAAAAAGUACCUUCCAGCAUAUUUGAAAAGGUCAACACCAAUAGCAAGCCAGGUCAAUAUGGACGUUCAUACUGUAGUACUGCGAAGAAUACCCUUGCCUACAUUACUCGCAUCUCCACUAGCCCACGGUUGAACUUGAAUCCUGCCUUUAUGCCAAAGAUCAAAGUGUAUUAUUCUGAAGUGCCUUUUGAUGUGGUGAUAGUGAAGAUCAGAGCAGAUGCAGCCAAUUGCCACUGCCAGGUGCACCUGGAUGAGAGAAAAGGACCCAGGAUCGCUAACUAUCCUCUUGGCUUGGGAAACAACAGAAUCAAUAUUCUGGUAAUUGAUGAGUCUCGAUCAGAACCUGUUGUUACAACGACUUACACCAUCAACGUUUACCGCCACAGCCGGCCCAGUCUACCAGUGUUUGAUGGGAGUGUGAUAUGCAGUUUUGUGCAGGACUGUGGAUUGAUAAUCCAGCCUGACGAGUCUUGUGGCCUGCAGCCAGUGUUGAGCAGUUACUUCUCAGCAGUUACUCAGACGCAGCUUCCAGUCUGUAAGACGGGGGAUGCCAAAGGACAGUGGGUUGUCCCUUGUUUGAGCUGUUUUGACAACCAGACUUGUGACUGGCAGAAAGCAAGGUGGCAACCACACAACUGUCAUCACCUAGCACUGACUAGGUCACAACUACAGCAGUGCAUGAAAGGAAAAAGGGCUCUUUUUAUUGGAGAUUCAACCAAUAGGGGAAUGAUGUAUUACCUUAUGGAGAAAGUCAAUGAAACUCUUCUGGAAUGGGACAAGGCCCAUGACAUGAAAUUCUAUUACAAUCUAAAUGGAGGAAAAACGUUUGCUAGCUAUGUUUAUUAUCCCCAGUUCUGGCUCAGUUUAGAUCGUAGACCUACAUUUGAAAAAGCCUUGGAGCACCUUAUAGACAGGUCACGUCCUUUGGAAAACAAUUACCAAACAGUCCUGGUCAUAGGAGGCGUUCAAUGGUUAAAUACACAUCACUUGCCCAUCAUUCAAAACAUUUUACAAAGAAACAAUCUUUUGAAUAUUCAUGUCAUCAUAAAAUCUAUUGGAAUGGGCUUUCAUCUGCCAGUGGAUGGGAUCCGGUCCUUAACUUUGAGUGAAGUUCAACGUUUAUGGAAAGAAAAUACAAAAAUACUUUCUGAAGCAUCAGAAUAUGGUUAUGAUGUCGUUGACACUUUUAGUAUAACUAUGGGACGUUAUAAGGAAUUUCUGCAGGGAAGAUGUGCAUGUCAUUUUCAUGAAGUAAAUAAUUUUCAUUUUUCCAAACCACCAUUUCAUAGAAAAAUAAGGCAUUCAAAGCACUUCCUUGCUGGAAAGGACCACUCAAGUCAAAGCAAGCACUCAGCACGACAAGAUUUUUCAUCUCUCUUUAAAUCUCACUAUCAUGUCAAAGGUCCAGUAAACCAGGUUUACUCAGAAAUCCUCCUCAGCAGGAUUUGUAUGAGCACAUUCAAUACUACCAGCACUUAGUUACAAAAACAAAUGAAGGGUAUAUUUUUACAGUAUUAAACUUGCUGUUUCCCUGGAGGUCAGGGACAAAUACCACACUGCAUGUAUUCCAUUCCUCUGUGGUUGGCUACAAUUGCUACCACCAAAGUCAUACGAUAUCUUUCAAACCUUCAGAAAAUCAAGACUUGCUUCUGCAAAUUUCAUGUUUCAGAAGGGUAAAAGGAAAGAGGGAACGUCAAUGUGACUCAUUAUCUGACCAGAAAAAUAUGUACAUCCACUAUGAACCUAAGAAAAUAUUGUAUAGGGGUUUAAGAAAUAUUCAAAAGAUUGGAAACUCCUCAAUAAGUUACUUUUUUUUAAUCUGUGCAAUAUUCAUUCAUUUUCUGCACUAUUUUUCUAAAUCAUUGUGAUGCUGGAUUUCUGAACAGCUUUUAUUGUCGUAUAUAUUGUUAACAUUUCCCAGACUCGGCUGGUGACACCAAGUCAUAUAUACCUCACAUUGCUUACAUUUAUACAGCCUUCUCCUAGGUCUAUGAAAAUAGGUUAUGAUACUACAGUAUUUGUAUUUUCAAAUGCCAUCAUUUAUUUUGCAUACAGGGAAUAUUUUAUAUUUACAAAGUUCCGAUAUUUUUAUACACGUGUUUUUAAUGCUUUAUAUAUAUAUUUAAUAUUUCUCCGAAACACUAGAAAAUUGGCAGUGUUUUAGGUGACACUAUGGCCCUAAGUAUUUUAUAAUACAUAGCCAAGUCUAGCUACUACAGUAGUUGACAACCAAGGAUGUAGAUUAUAUAUAAUUUGUGCAUCUAGAAUUGUAGGGAAUUGUUCAUUUACUUAGACUGUUUUUUAAAACUAAUCUCUGUGCAUUAAUGGCUGCCAACAUUGUAAAAAUCCACUGUAAAAUACAAUAGUCUAUUUAAAUAAAUAUAUUUUUAGUGAACAAAA